AACCUUCAGACGGAUUUCACCAUUGAUUCAUAAUUCUGGUGAUUAGAAACGGAGCCAACCGUAAAUGAAGAUUGCAUUUGGACACCAGAUCGACAGAAUAUCAACAUAACAAUCGGACAAUAGACAGCAGAUGAACAUCACACUCGGACACUAAAAGGACAAUAGUGAAUAGAUCAAACAAAGUGCCCCUAAAAUGGCACAGAGCGUCAUCCCCUAUUCCCGCCAGGUCAUUUUAUAUUACUGUCUAUCACUAUUGAUAUUUGGGACGUUUGUUGGCUUCCUUUACUUUGAUGCACAGGAACACGCAUGGAGUAGUACGGUUAUAUUGUCACCGAAAAUAGCAGCAUACGAUUAUGUGAAACAAAGUUAUAAAGAAAAAGAUACAGAAAGUAUCAAGCUAACAGUAAAGACGGUUCUAUUUUGGAAUAUUCCUUCUUGGGCAUAUUCAAAUAUGUUCCGUGGCUGUGAGUAUAAGUGUGUGCUUACGACAGAUAAAUCAAAGAUGGCGGUCCAGAGCGCCAUAAUUUUUCACGUUCCGACAAUGGGAGGUAAACCGCCGAAAAAACCUGCUGGUCAGGUGUGGGUAUAUUACGGGGUAGAACCACCAACCCUUUAUAGCAAUAUGAACCGAUGGCGACGAUUGUUCAACUGGACAAUUAACUACCGCCGAGAUUCUGACAUCAUCAGUCGCUAUGGUUCCUUUGAAAGCACGCAUUUGAAAACCAUCAAUAAAAAUGCAAGUCACAUAGGUGAGUUGUCAAUUCGAAAGAAUAGAACAGCUACCUGGUUUGUCGGUCACUGUAACACUGCUGGGCGGAGGGAGACGUUCGUUAAAUUGCUUCAAAAACACAUGGAUGUAAGCAUAUAUGGCCGGUGUGGCACACAAAUCUGCAAAGAGUCUGGUCCGGCUUCAGCUUGGGGUAAAAACUGUCUACAAAAUGUGGAGAAGGACACCCGAUAUUACUUGUCAUUUGAAAAUUCAUUAUGUCGGGAUUAUAUGACAGAAAAGGCAUAUAAAGUCUUUAAUACACAUUCCCUGGUACCUGUUGUGCGCGGAGGAGCAAACUAUUCCCUUUAUCUCCCUCCGGAAACUUUUAUCGAUAGUUCUAGAUUCGAAAAUGCAACAUCAUUAUCUAAAUACUUAGUUGAAAUCAAGACUAAUAAAACAGCAUUUACUCGCUUAUUUGAAAAUAGAAAUAUACACAAGACAAAUUAUAAUGAUAACUGGGGCACUAGACCGUUUUGUGAGAUGUGUAGACGGCUGCAUUAUCCCAAGAAAUAUUCUAGACUCUACGAAGACGUGUCGGUCUGGUCCAGAGGCAGGGGUGACAUUGCUUUUUGUAAAAAACCUACAGAUCUCGUGUGAAUCAGUAAAAAACUUAUAAUUUUU